AUGACGAAUGGCUAUACUCCACUCCACAUCGCGGCUAAGAAGAACCAGAUGGAGAUUGCCACGACGCUGCUGGAGUACGGAGCCGACACCAACGCUAUGACACGUCAGGGCAUCACACCUCUGCACCUGGCCUCUCAGGAGGGCAACGUAGACAUCGUUACCCUGCUACUGGCCAGGGAAGCCACCAUCAGCUUGGGCAACAAGAGUGGUCUGACUCAACGGAUACACCCCCUCCAUCAGGCGGCCCAGCAAGGCCACACCCACAUCAUCAACCUACUGUUGCAGCACGGAGCCUCUCCCAACCAAGUCACUGUGAAUGGUAACACAGCCCUGUCCAUAGCCAGGAGGAGUGGUCUGACUCCUCUCCACCUGGCAGCUCAGGACGACAAGGUCAACGUAGCUGAGGUGCUGGUUAACCAGGGGGCCACUGUCGACCCAGAGACUAAGAUGGGAUACACUCCGCUGCAUGUGGCGUGUCACUAUGGAAACGUGAAGAUGGUCAACUUCCUGCUAAAGAACCAGGCCAAGAUCAACGCCAAAACCAAGAACGGAUACACCCCCCUCCAUCAGGCGGCCCAGCAAGGCCACACCCACAUCAUCAACCUACUGUUGCAGCACGGAGCCUCUCCCAACCAAGUCACUGUGAAUGGUAACACAGCCCUGUCCAUAGCCAGGAGGCUGGGUUACAUCUCUGUAGUGGAUACUCUGAAGGUCGUCACUGAGGUAACACAGACCACUCUGAAUGGCCUGGGCGUAUCAGGCUCCACCCUCUCAGGGCUGGGCGUCUCAGGCGUCUCAGGUUCUCCACACUACUGGAUUGCAUCCUACCUGGCAGGCCGCUCCUACCAGGUGGCGACACGCAUCUCAGAUAUCUCAGCUUGGAUGUCGGUCCUCCACCUCAGCCUCGACAAUACGGAACUGCUCUUCCUCUCCAUCCCGGUUGACUCCACAGUGUCGCCCUCACAGAGUGCAAAGAACCUUGGCGUGACCCUGGACAACACCCUGUCGUUCUCUGCAAACAUCAAAGCAGUGACCCAUUCCUGCAGGUUCAUAUUCUACAACAUCUGUAGAAAAGGCUUCACUCCCCUCCAUGUUGCAGCUAAGUAUGGGAAGAUGGAAGUGGCCAACCUUCUGCUGCAGAGACACACUGCGCCCGAUGCAGCUGGGAAGAGUGGUCUAACUCCCCUACAUGUAGCUGCUCACUAUGACAACCAGAAAGUGGCUCUGCUGCUGCUGGACCAGGGAGCUUCACCGCACGCUGCUGCCAAGAAUGGCUAUACUCCACUCCACAUCGCGGCUAAGAAGAACCAGAUGGAGAUUGCCACGACGCUGCUGGAGUACGGAGCCGACACCAACGCUAUGACACGUCAGGGCAUCACACCGCUGCACCUGGCCUCUCAGGAGGGCAACGUAGACAUCGUUACCCUGCUACUGGCCAGGGAAGCCACCAUCAGCUUGGGCAACAAGAGUGGUCUGACUCCCCUCCACCUGGCAGCUCAGGACGACAAGGUCAACGUAGCUGAGGUGCUGGUUAACCAGGGGGCCACUGUCGACCCAGAGACUAAGAUGGGAUACACUCCGCUGCAUGUGGCGUGUCACUAUGGAAACGUGAAGAUGGUCAACUUCCUGCUAAAGAACCAGGCCAAGAUCAACGCCAAAACCAAGAACGGAUACACCCCCCUCCAUCAGGCGGCCCAGCAAGGCCACACCCACAUCAUCAACCUACUGUUGCAGCACGGAGCCUCUCCCAACCAAGUCACUGUGAAUGGUAACACAGCCCUGUCCAUAGCCAGGAGGCUGGGGUACAUCUCUGUAGUGGAUACUCUGAAGGUCGUCACUGAGGAAACACAGACCACUCUGACGGUGACCGAGAAACAUAAGAUGAACGUUCCAGAAACCAUGAACGAGGUUCUGGACAUGUCAGAUGACCCAGUUGGUAAAGCCAAUGUACCUGAAAUGCUCAAUGAAGACUAUUUAUCUGAUGUUGAAGAAGAGAUGGAAUUUCAGUGUGUCUAUGAGAGCUACUGUCGUGAGGAUGCGAUGACAGGCGACACGGAUAAGUACCUGGGACCCCAGGACCUGAGAGAGCUGGGAGACGACUCUCUGCCCCAGGAGGGUUACAUGGGCUUUAGUAUUGGAGCACGCAGCGCCAGUCUGCGGUCCUUCAGUUCGGAUAGGUCCAACACCCUGAACAGGACCUCUUACACCAGAGACAGCAUGAUGAUCGAAGAGAUACUGGCUCCUACCAAGGAUAUGAACCUGGCGUUGGCCAGCAGAGACUGUGACUCUGACUCACAGAGACACUACAGCUGGACUGCUGACACCUUGGACAACAUCAACAUGGUCUCCAGCCCCAUACACUCUGGGUUCCUGGUCAGUUUCAUGGUGGACGCACGCGGCGGCUCCAUGCGGGGGAGUCGUCAUAACGGAAUGCGCAUCAUCAUCCCGCCCAGGAAGUGCACGGCUCCGACACGCAUCACCUGCCGCCUGGCGAAGAGGCACAAGCUGGCCACGCCCCCACCGAUGGUGGAUGGAGAGGGAUUGGCCAGCAGGCUGGUGGAGGUGGGGCCUGCUGGAGCUCAGUUCCUGGGCCCUGUGAUCGUGGAGAUCCCCCAUUUUGGUUCUAUGAGGGGGAAGGAGAGGGAGCUGAUCAUGCUGAGGAGUGAGAAUGGAGAGACCUGGAAGGAACAUCAGUACGACUGCAAGACAGAUGACCUCAAUGAGCUGCUCAACGGCAUGGAUGAAGAGCUGGACAGUGAGCUGGACAGUAUAUGUCGCAUCAUCAGUUUCCCACAGUACUUUGUAAACCAUCACACUGACAGUUCUGAGAGCAGCCAGAUGGGUCCUGAGGGAGGAGUCCUCUCCAGCCUGACACUUCCAUUGGUCCAGGCCUCCUUCCCAGAGGGGGCGCUCACCAAGAAGAUACGCGUGGGACUGCAGGCCCAGCCGGCUCCUGAUGACAUGGUGAAGAAGAUCCUUGGUAACCGGGCAACAUUCAGCCCCAUAGUGACGGUGGAACCUCGACGCAGGAAGUUCCACAAACCCAUCACCAUGACGAUCCCGGUCCCGCCCUUGUCAGGGGAGGGGGUUAACAAUGGCUACAAGGGAGACUCCACCCCCUGCCUAAGGUUGCUAUGCAGCAUCACCGGCGGAACCUCUCCUGCCCAAUGGGAGGACAUCACUGGGACCACACCCCUAACCUUCGUCAACGACUGUGUCUCCUUCACUACCAAUGUCUCUGCCAGGUUCUGGCUUGCUGACUGCCACCAGAUCCCAGAGACUGUAGGCCUUGCCACCCAGCUGUACAGAGAGCUCAUCUGUGUUCCUUACAUGGCCAAGUUUGUGGUGUUCGCCAAGAUGAACGACCCUAUGGAGUCCCGCUUGCGCUGCUUCUGUAUGACAGACGACAAGGUGGACAAAACCCUGGAACAGCAGGAGAACUUUGAGGAGGUGGCCAGGAGCAAAGACAUCGAGGUUCUGGAGGGGAGGCCCAUCUAUGUGGACUGCUAUGGUAACUUAGCUCCUCUGACCAAGGCUGGACAACUACUGGUGCUCAACUUCUACGCAUUCAAAGAGAACCGGCUUCCUUUCUGUGUGAAGGUCAGAGACAACAGCCAGGAGCCAUGUGGCCGUCUGACAUUCCUGAAGGAGACCACUAAGACCGCUAAGGGUCUCCCCCAGACGGCCGUGUGUAACCUGAACAUCACCCUACCUGCGCUGAAGAAGGAAAUGGAGUCAGACCCAGAUGAAGAGACUGAAAAGCCAGAACGACGCCAUACCUUUACAUCUCUAGCCUUACGUAAGCGUUACAGCUAUCUCGCCGAGCCCGCCACGAAAACAGUUGAGCGAAGCACAGCAAGAACACUGCCUGGUGGUUACACUCACAAACCUGUCUUUUCAACAAGAUCUUACCAGGCAUGGUCGACUGCGCCUCUUCCCCACACUGUCCAAGCAAGGAGUGGACUGGGCUCCCUCUCCGGCUCACCGUCCAACACACCAUCUGCAUCGCCACUAAAGUCUGCCUGGUUGCUCUCCUCCGCCUCUCCAAUCAAAUCCACCCUCGGAGCCUCACCGCCACAUUCAGUCAAGUCCUCUGGCGACAUAGCUUCUUUACCUGUCAGAUCCUAUAGAACUAUGGCCUCCCCUAUUAAGACUGUUGUACAGCAGGCCCAGUACCCGGUCCAGGUCUCUGCCAGUCUGGUGUCCUCUUCCUCUAAACCUGGAGCAGAUCCUGUCUUCAUUAAAGGACUAUCCACCCCAUUUUCUUCCAGGACCACCCCAGCCUCUAAUACAGGGUCUGGUCCAGAUAGAUCUACCAUGACUCAACCCGAAUCUCCCAAGUGCACAGCCAACAUGUACACCUUACCCUUCAAAUCAGUCCUGUCGUCUUCAUCCUCCUCCCCUAUCAGAACCAUUCCUGGCCUGUCCUCCUCAUCCUCCUCCCCCAUCAGAACCAUUUCUGGCCUGUCCACUACUUCAGCUACAUCUAAGGGGAAGCCCCUCCCCUCGCUGUCCUCACCAGCCCACUCCUCAGAACCCUCUGCUAUGGUGAAUGGAUUAGUUUCUCCCAUGAAGUACGCCUCUUCUUCUCAGUCCUCCUCCCCCUGCUCCUGUUUGCUCUCUGAUAGGUCUAGCAGUCUGCAGGAGAGGAUACAGACCAACACUCACGCCGCCACUUCCAGUGUCAGUGCAGCUCUAAAUGAGGCUGAAAGGACAUUUAACUCUUCAGGGUACGGAACACUCAAAUCAGUGUCCUCACGGAGAUCUAACACCUCAACUUCUGUGUACAGCUCUGUGAGGUCUCAACCCUCUUCCACCACCUCAGCAACAUCCAAUGUGUACAGCUCUGUGAGGUCUCAACCCUCUUCCACCACCUCAGCAACAUCCAAUACAAUGACUGUACCUGUAUACUCUCUUCUCAAUGUUGCGACCGAGUCCCAAAUGAAAAAAGGGCCUGGGUCGCUGAAGAUGUCGCCUGCAGACUCUCGCAGGUCAAAGACGGCAGUGAAGUCCCCUCCUUACAUCACCCCCCCAGGGCUCACUCUAACCCCACCCUCCUCCCUAUCCUCCAAUCAGGACAUCCUGAAAGACGUGGCCGAUAUGAAGGAGGACCUGAUCAGAAUGACGGCCAUCUUGCAGACUGUCCCCAGAACAGCCAGGAAUGUUCAGUCUCAGACCCCUAAAGAGCCUAAGAUGGAGGAUGAGGAGCCCUUCACCAUAGUAGAGAAAGUGAAGGAGGAUCUAGUUAAAGUCAGUGAGAUACUGACCAAGGAUGUGGUGAGUGAUAGUCAAGCCUGUAGAGGGAAGCCUGUAGAGGAGGAGUGGGAGGAGUUCUCUAAAGAUGAGUUAGAGGAAGCCCAGCAAAGUGCAAAGGAAUUCUUUCACCCUCCGUUUGACGCUAACACCCUCUCCUUUAGGCCCCAGUCUAUGCCCAGUAAAGAGUUGAAUUUAGCCAAGGUUGUUGACUACCUGGCCAAUGACAUAGGUGCUAGUUCUCUUUCUAAGAUGGCCGAGAUGAAGAGCAGAUAUGAGGAGGCAAAAAGGGAAGGGGAGGACAAACAGAAACUAAAAAAACUCAAGAUGCCUCCCCCAGGCAUGCGUACCUCUGCCUCUGAGAAAGACUUAUGUAAACUAGCAGAGUCAUAUUAUGGACCUGACGCCAUAUUGGAGUCACCAGAGGACUUAUCUCAUGAGCAGGAUAAGAGUCCUCUGUCAGACAGCGGCUUUGAAACCAGGAGUGAAAAGACUCCUUCAGCCCCCCAAAGUGCAGAGAGCACCGGGCCCAAACCCCCCUUCACUGACCAUCCCCCCUGCAUCACCGAGACUAGGACCGAGGUGGUCCAUAUCAGGAGCUACGAGCACCCAGACGAACCCUGUGAGGUGCAGAUGGAGGAGGCAGCCUCAGCAUUGCCGGCCUGCAUUGAACCAGAGGCCUCCGCCGCCUCCAUCAAAGACAAAGUCAAAUCAUUCCAGAUCAAAGUGUGUGACGACUCUGACUCUGUCGUUAGCAAGAGCAUGAGGCUCAAAGAGGAGACCCACAUCACCACCACGACGCGCAUGGUUUACCACAAGCCGCAGCUGAAAGACGGCUCGGAGAGGAUCGAGGAGACCAUGUCAGUCAGAGACAUCAUGAAAGCAUUCCAGUCCGGAAGGGACCCCUCCAAAGAACUUGCUGGACUGUUUGAGCACAAGGCUGGCCAGGACUCUGUCAAAGGGGAUGAACUCACCCCCAGGUUCAUUGAUAAUGACACUAAAGCCAAAAGAAUAAUGGAGGUUCACAUAGAAAAAGAAGGAAACACAUUCCAACCAACUGAGGUGAUUAUCAGGGAGACCAAGAAGAUUCCAGACUCUUAUUUCUAUAAAGGAGACCACAGAAUCCAAGAAAUGCCUGAUUACGACGAGGCGCCGCAGGAAGGGGAGGAGCUUACUGCCAAUGACAGCCGGCCCAGCUCCGCUCAGCUCAUGGCCGAUGACUCCUACAAAGCUCUCAAACUGCUCAGCCAGCACUCUGUAGAGUAUCACGAUGACGAGCUCUCUGAACUCAGGGGAGAGUCUUACAGGUUCGCUGAGAAGAUGCUACGUUCUGAGAAACUAGACAUAUCCCACUCUGAUACAGAAGACUCUAUGGCUGACCAAACACACCAAAUUACCUCAGAGUCGCAUGGGGAGGAGAGUGAUUACGGUGAGAAAGAGGCCGUGCCCAGGAAAGAGUUCACUUUCAAGUCAUCAAAGGAUUCAUCCUCUAAGUCAGGUAAAUGUUCUCAUAAGGAUGACAAGUUUGACAAAGUGACAGUGUUGCAUUACACCACAGAGCCAGGCAGCCCAAAACAUGCAGUGUGGAUGCGUUUCACUGAGGACAAGCUGGACAGGAACAGAGAGAAGCUCAUCUACGAGGACCGCGUGGAUCAAACUGUCAAGGAAGCUGAGGAGAAACUAAGCGAGGUCUCUCAGUUUUUCCGUGACAAAACUGAGAAACUGAACGACGAGCUGCAAUCCCCGGAGAAAAAGCCUCCAAAGAGAGACCCCAGGGAGACCAGGUCUGGGCCCAGCUCCACCUGUAAUAGCCCAGAGAAAACCCAGCAGAAAGCCAGGGCAGAGGGAGAGGAGUGGGGCAAGGGAAGGGGGAACAAACUGUUCAGUAGUACGACUGAUAGGAGGACCGCUAGUCUACCCAACAGUCCAGAGAGAGCUGUUCUCUCCCGCUUCAGUGAGGAUACAUCCAAACAGCAGACAAAGGCGGAGGAACGGUCUGAGCCAAACCAGGUUAAAGCCUCCUUCUCUAGAGUGAGCUCUGUUAGGAUGAAGUUUGAAUCAGAUGCUCAGAACCCAGAUAAGAGUAGUCUUGAGCUAGUACAGUCCACACCCCAAGUCAGCAGGCUGCAGGAGAACAAACUGCCAAUGAAUCAACUGUUCACUGGAGGAAAGACAACUAAAGGGUCUGAGGCCACAGAGGAAGGAAGUCCUUUUAAAAAGACUCCAGAGAAACUGAAAGGACCUGCUUCCAAUAGCAGUAAGUCAGUUGUCUCACCAGCUGCUCCAAAACAGUCAGGAGACAAACUGCCUAAUAAGAACCUACCAUACAUCACAGCCCAAAAACACCUAACAGGUCAGACUGAUAAAGAAUCGGAGAAUACAAGCCCAUUGAGCCAGGUCAUUGGUAUCAGUAAGGGUGUAAAGGGGUCACCAUCACAUAGUCCUACACAUGACACACCCAAGGAGAACAGUGGGGAAGUGGAAAAAGAACACGUUUCUAUGAGGGAUUCUCCUUCCAAACAUGUUGCAUCAAGUCCCACAAGCAAUAGGGUUGCUCAUUCUGAACCUGUGUCUAAAGACCAUGGGGUUGCACAAAACAAGAAUCUUAGAAAAAAGACAGAGUCCCAGAUCCCAGUCAGGUCUGUGUCUAGUCACUCAGACAGCAAUCAGUCAGAGAAAGCAAAACAAGACACAAUAACUAAGCCAUUUGAAAAGACAUCCCAAAUCCCCAUAGUAAAUAAGAACAGAAUGCAGGUCAGCCCAGUAACAAUCCCUACAAAGGCAGAAGAACUAACAGACACAUCUCUUGAAAUAUUAGAUAAUGCACCAAAAGAUUCUAACUUGAACAAUGUGCGUGACACUUGCACAAGAGAAAUACAAGAGAGAUUAGCACCAGAGACAACCACCACCAGAGAAAACUUCAAAGGCAUCAAAACAUUACCUGUCUAUGUGAGUGUCCAGGUGGGUAGGCAGGGAGAGAGAGAGGGCAGAGGAGGAGUACUGUACAAACAGAAACAGCCCUCAUCACCUCAGGCCAGUCCUGACGAUGACACGCUAGAGCAGGUAUCUUUCAUAGACAGCUCAGGGAAGAGUCCCCUCACCCCAGAGACCCCUAGCUCAGAGGAGAUCAGCUAUGACCUCACCUCCAGAACACCAGACUCCAUCCUGGGCUUCACUCCCUUCCAGCCUAGCCCUAUCCCAGAGGUCUCUGAGGACUCCUCAGAGGAGGAGCAGGGCCAGGUAUUUUCCUUCAAGGACUUCAGACCAGAGACACCUAAUGUCACAGCAGCUGACCUUAAGAAUGGAAACCACCAGGCUGGACAGACACCUAAAGACAAAGGAGUAGCAUACAUCCAGUUCCCCCCUCCGCCUCCCCUGGACUCUGAGCAGUCCAGCCCUGAGAAGAAGAAGAAGGGAUCAUCUGGUUCCUCUGAGGCAGAGAUGGAGAUGAUGGAGGUCAACCUCCAGGAAGAGCAUGAUAAACACCUCCUCACGGAGCCCAUCAUCAGAGUCCAGCCCCCCUCCCCAGUCCCCCCCGGGACUGACGACAGUGACUCUAGUGACGAUGAGUCUGUCUUCCAGCCCAUCUCCUUUAAGAAAUACACCUUUAAGAUCUCAGAGGGGCAGGAGCAGGAGCUCAAGAAUGGGUCCAAAUCCACAAAACAGGAUAAAAACGGCAAAGAGCCAGGAACUAACAGAACUAAUGGAACGUAUGAAGCUGGUAAAACAGAGGAGUACGACUCUGAACAGAAUGGAAAUGACCAGUCCAUAACAGACUGUUCUAUCGCCACGACGGCAGAGUUCUCUCAUGACACUGACGCUACUGAGAUCGACUCCCUGGAUGGGUAUGACAUGCAGGAUGAGGAUGAUGGUCUGUGUGAGAUGGACACUAAACCCUUCAGCCUGCCGGACAGCAGGAAGGACGUGUGGACCUCAGACAGCAUGCUCCGGUCCUGCGACCGCUCCUUCAGUCAGACCAAACUAGAGGCCAUUGAAGAGGAAAAAACACCGGAGGAGGAAUGCAGAAAGGUUCAAGCUAAAAGUGAUCCAGUUGACAUAAAAACAGAUGAGGCCAACUCUCAGGGCCAGAAGGACAACGAUGGGUUUUCUGAUACGUACUUUAGUUACAAGCUAGAGGAGGCAUUUGACUCUCCGUUUAAAACUGUUGCUACUAAAGGUCUGGACUUUGACCCCUGGUCCAGUAUAGGAGGAGACAAUGAAGUGGUUGACGCCAGGAUAAAAGACGACGAGCCGAAGCCGUUUGGACUGGCAGCAGACGACAGAUCACAGGCCACGACCCCAGACACGACCCCUGCCAGAACCCCGACCGAUGAUAGCACCACGCCGACUAGCGAGCCAAACCCUUUCCCCUUCCAUGAAGGGAAGAUGUUUGAGAUGACUCGCAGUGGUGCGAUUGACAUGAGCAAGCGGGAUAUUGUUGAAGAAAGACUGCAGUUUUUUCAGAUUGGCCCUCAGAGCCCCUGUGAGAGGACUGACCUGCGGAUGGCCAUAGUGGCAGAUCACCUGGGUCUGAGCUGGACUGAGCUUGCCAGGGAAAUGGAUUUCUCCGUAGAUGAGAUCAAUCACAUCCGCGUGGAUAACCCCAACUCUCUGACCACUCAGAGUUUCAUGCUUUUAAAGAAAUGGGUUAGCAGAGAUGGUAAAAAUGCCACAACGGAUUCCCUUACAGAGGUCCUGACUAAGAUCAAUCGGAUGGAUAUUGUGACAUUGCUGGAAGGGCCAAUAUUUGACUAUGGUAACAUUUCAGGCACAAGAUGUUUUGCUGAUGAUAACGCAGUUUUCCUGGAUCAGUGUGAUGGUUCCAGCAGCAUCCAGCUGGAGCUUCAGACCCCCACAGGUUUGAUCUGUCAGCCCCCCACCCCGCUAAGCAGCGACCACUUCUUUGACGAGGACGCUGGCCUAGACUCCCCCUCUAGAACGCCCACUAGACCAUGUGACUUGUCACUCACCCAGACCACCAGCACCCCAGGCCCCGCCUCCCAUGCUCAAUCCCCCACAAUGGUGGUAGAGGAAGACACCUCUGGACCUCUAGACUCCCGGGGAGCCGGGAAGGGCGCCGGGGAGGGUGCCGGGGAAGGCGGGGGCCCUAAAGUGACCUCCGCUGAAGAUGACACAGGGGUUAGCAGAGAGUCAGUGGCCUCAUACAAGCCCCAUGACAGGGAGGCAGGCCUGAGAGAGGAGGCUGAGCAGGAUGUUGACAUGGGGAUGCUGAUACAUCAGAUGGAUCUUCCUCAGGGGGUGGUCAGGGAGGAUGAGUGGCUGGCUGGAGCCAGAGGAGACCCAUCAGAGACCCUGGGCUUUAGGCCUGCCCUGGGGGGAGAGGGGGUAGAGGGUGGUGUGUCUGGUUCUCCCGGGGAAGAGAUGGAGGAGGGGGAGUUGAGUGAGGAGAAGUUAAAGUCUCUGUUGGAGGAGAUGGGGCUGGAGGAAGGCUCGGAGGACGAGGAGAUGACGGAGGAAAGGAUAAACGCCAUCUUGUCUCAGGUUCAGCAGGCAGACAAAGAUGUGAUGUCAUCACCUGCAGGUUGGCAUAGUGAGACGUCCAGCGUGAACGUGGAGCCCCCGACACCUGGCCGCAGUCUGAGUGCUGAGGGCAACGACCUCCAGGACACCAGCCCUGUGAAUUCCCUGGACUCCCUGACGACAUCACCUGUCCGACCAGCAGAGAAAUCCAAUGGAGACCACGCUGACUUCCUGUCCCAGCCCGGGUCACAUCCUGAGGCCCAGGGUUCAUCCAACGGGGUGAAGGGUCAUGGCCAGGUCGAGGACGAGGGAAGGGCGUCAGCGUCACAAGGAAGGCAGGAAGAGGGAAGCAGAAGGACUCUGGUUAAGGACAGCACAGCAGGACCAAGCAGCAAGGAGCAGAAGCAGGAGGAGGGAGGAGUGCAGGUGUCACAGCACAAAGUCCAGGAGGGUGGUAGAGAUAAGGAGACCAGCUCUGAUGAGGAACGGACUGUCACCACCAAGGUGUUUCGACGGAGGGUCAUUCUGAAGGGAGAACAGGCCAGAAACAUCCCUGUGGAGUCAGUGACAGAAGAGCAGUUCACAGACGAGGAUGGAAACAUAGUCACCCGAAAAGUCAUCAGGAAAGUAGUACGUCGUACUGCUGCUACGGCAACUACUUUUACUGCUGCUACUACUGCUACUACAGAGGAGGUGACAGCAGGAGGAGCAGUAGGAGAAGGAGGAGCAGGAGGAAGAGGAGAAGCAGCAGGAGGAGGAGGAGGCAGGAAGGAAAAUAAGGGCAGGAAGAGAAACAAGCGCUCCCGAGGAGGCCCUAAGGCAGAGCAGGAGAGCUCUAAGGGUCAGAGGGGAAAGACUGAGUCUGGAGAAGGGUCAGGGUCGAAGGUGAAAAAGAAGCAAGUGGAAAAGGAUCAAUGAUAACAGUCGUGUGCUCAACCUGGUUUGUUGAUGUUUCAUGACUUCCUGGAAGGGAGAUGACUGGAACCUUGAAGCAGGAGAACAGCCAAUCAGAAUGUGUGUCUGCAGCUUUCACGUUAACGCAUGGUUUUACAGCAAGACCACUUUAUUUGAUUUCGCAUGAGCAUGACAAACUUACUCUUCUGUCCACAACCUGGGCUCCAGUCAUGACCUGUUGUUACCAUGGUGACAGGAGAACAUGGGUGUGGUCUGCUCCAUCAUGGCGUCAGGACAACAGUAGCCACGCCUCCAAGCAUCUCUCGGACCAAUGAGGUACAACAGGACGUUUGAUUGACAGAUUAAAGGAACACUUGGAGUCACCUUCUACAAGCCUUAUAUAUUCUGUCCUGUAGCCACACCACUGGGGUGGGUGUAUAAUGUGGUUGUGUUUUUUAAUAACAACGGGUGGUUUGGUUGUAUAUAAAUGACACUGUAAAAACUUCUGAAGUUAGUCACUGAUAGAAUGUUUUCUGCACUGGUAGGACAGCUUCGCAAAGCAUUGGAAUGAAAUGCCUAUAUUGAUUCCACCUUUAUGAAAACGCUUGGGUGUUACUGCACAUGUCUAAUUAUCAGCAGGAAAUAUUUGUCAAAUCGAAAUGGUAGCUUGAUUUUAACCUAACUCCACUGCAACUCUCAAACAUCACUUCUGUGAACAUAUUUCCUCAGAGUACUAAUAUUUUGAUGCAUGAGAUUCACCUGGUUUGACUUAGUUUUCCUCAUUUGCGAACAUUGUAUUAUGAAAUAAGGUGUUACUUCUAUCAGUGUCUGUCUACUCUGCUCUGGCACUGACUGUUUUAAAGAGACAUGAACACACAGCCACCUUGGGGACAGCAGGACAGAGAGAGAGACUUCAUUCUAAUGCUUUAUGAGGGCCCACUGUGUAACAUGGAAUAUGCCUCUACUAUUAGACGUGGAGAUAUGAGCUCCCAAUAUAUAAUGUAGACUGUCACAUUGAAAAGGGUUAGAGAGGUAUUACCCCAAUAUAUAAUGUAGACUGACACAUUGAAAAGGGUUAGAGAGGUAUUACCCCAAUAUAUAAUGUAGACUGACACAUUGGAAAGAGUUAGAGAGCGUUUACCCCAAUAUAUAAUGUAGACUGACACAUUGGAAAGAGUUAGAGAGCGUUUACCCCAAUAUAUAAUGUAGACUGACACAUUGGAAAGAGUUAACAGUUCUCAUGCGUAUUGGCUCCAAACCAAUCAUUGUUCAUUAUUUUAGCAGUGUAAUGUUAUGUUCUAAGCCUGCUGUAGUUUAAAGGGGCAUUUUUUUCUUUGGGGUUUGGUGCCAUAUUCCCUUCCAUUGAGUCUCUUCAUAUGAGACCACCUGAAGCAUUGAUUGGUGAUUGGUAACCAUGACAACCAACAUGGAUGAUCCCAUUCAUUAUUUAAGCAGAAAUAAAUUGUGUUUAAACUGAAA